CCUCCCAAUCGCGCACAAUGAGACAGCGCUGAGCGCCGGAAGUGGGGCUGAAGGAAAACACGGAGAGGGAGCCCGGCCGGGACAGGAAGAGGCGGGGGGCCGCGGCGGAGGUGGUGAGUGUUCCUGGGCGCCUCUUCCCCUGUGUCCCUUUCAGACUCGCGUCCGGGGUGGCUCUCCGGUGGGUUCUCCGGUCUCCAGAGUUGAGGGCGGGCCUGGCCCGAGAGGUGAAGAGGAAGAAAACUGAAGUCAAAGACCAUGGGAGAUGCCACAAAACCUUAUUUUGUGAGGCGUCCUAAAGAGCGAGGGACUACAGAUGAUGAGGAUUUCAGAAGGGGUCACCCCCAACAAGAUUAUUUAAUAAUGGAUGAUUAUGCUAAAGGCCAUAGCAGUAAAAUGGAAAAAGGCCUUCCCAAAAAAAAAGUAACACCAGGGAACUAUGGGAAUACUCCCAGAAAAGGACCGUAUGCUGUUUCUAACAAUCCAUAUGCAUUUAAGAACCCAAUUUACAGUCAACCCACUUGGAUCAAUGACAACCACAAAGAUCAGAGUAAGAGAUGGCUAUCUGAUGAACUUGCCAGUAAUUCAGACAGUUGGAGAGAAUACAAACCUGGACCUAGAAUCCCUGUUAUAAACCGACCAAGAAGAGACUCUUUUCAGGAAAGUGAAGAUGGAUAUAGGUGGCAAGAUGGAAGAGGCUGCAGAACUGUAAGACGACUAUUUCAUAAAGAGCUGACAAACCUGGACAUCAUGUCAGAAAUGGAAGCGGGAAGCCCUGAAAACAAGAAACCGAGGUCCAGACCUCGGAAGCCACGGAGAACUAGAAAUGACGAAAAUGAACAGGAUGGAGACUUGGAAGGCCCUGUGAUCGAUGAGUCUGUGCUUUCAACGAAGGAGCUGCUGGGCUUACAGCAGGCUGAGGAGCGGCUGAAAAGAGACUGCAUCGACAGGCUGAAAAGGCGACCAAGAAACUACCCUACAGCAAAGUACACCUGCAAACUUUGUGAUGUUUUAAUUGAAUCCAUUGCAUUUGCUCAUAAGCAUAUCAAAGAGAAGAGGCACAAGAAAAACAUUAAGGAGAAGCAAGAGGAAGAGUUGCUCACCACGUUACCCCCGCCUACACCCUCCCAGAUAAAUGCAAUUGGUAUUGCCAUUGACAAAGUGGUACAGGAGUUUGGCUUACACAAUGAGAACUUGGAACAGAGACUAGAAAUUAAACGUAUCAUGGAAAAUGUGUUCCAACACAAGUUACCAGAUUGUUCUCUGAGAUUAUAUGGGUCAUCCUGUAGCAGAUUGGGUUUCAAAAAUUCGGAUAUAAACAUUGACAUUCAAUUUCCAGCCAUUAUGUCUCAGCCAGAUGUUCUCUUACUUGUCCAAGAAUGUUUAAAGAACAAUGACUCUUUUAUUGAUGUUGAUGCAGAUUUCCAUGCUCGGGUGCCAGUGGUGGUGUGCAGAGAAAAGCAAAGUGGUCUUCUUUGUAAAGUGAGCGCAGGAAAUGAAAAUGCUUGUCUGACAACAAAUCAUUUAACUGCCCUUGGAAAACUAGAAUCAAAGCUGGUUCCUCUGGUAAUUGCAUUUAGGUACUGGGCAAAGCUUUGCAGUAUAGAUCGCCCUGAAGAAGGAGGUUUACCACCUUAUGUGUUUGCUCUGAUGGCCAUUUUCUUUCUUCAACAGAGGAAAGAACCCCUUCUGCCUGUUUAUCUAGGAUCAUGGAUUGAAGGAUUCUCACUAAGCAAAUUAGGAAAUUUCAACCUUAAAGAAAUUGAGAAAGACUCUGUGGUCUGGGAAUACACUGAUAAUGUUGCAGGGGAUGUGGACUCAGCAAAAGAGGAGGCACCAAAGGAGAUGGCCGUUAAAAGGGGACAGGUAUCAUUAAUAUUUGAUUCAAAACAGCAGCCUUCAGUACCAGUUGGGCAACUCUGGGUAGAAUUGCUUCGAUUCUAUGCUUUAGAAUUUAAUUUGGCUGAUUUAGUGAUAAGUAUCCGUGUCAAAGAAUCGAUAUCUCGUGAAUCAAAGGAUUGGCCCAAAAAACGCAUUGCCAUUGAAGAUCCCUACUCUGUAAAAAGAAAUGUGGCAAGGACCCUAAAUAAUCAACCUGUGUUUGAAUAUAUACUUCAUUGUUUAAGGACAACGUAUAAAUAUUUUGCUCUUCCACACAAAGUUACGAAAUCCAGUUUUCCAAAGCCUCUGAGUACUGUCAGCUGUACUUCUGAAUGUUCUAAAGAAAUAGCAAAACACGAUCCAGAGGUACAAGCAAAAGGUGAUAAACUAAAAAACUCAGUUUUGGCUCAAGGUUCUGGUGCUGCCAGUUCAACUGCAAACACCUGCAAGGCACAGCCACUUACUCUUAAAGAGACUGCUAAAAACUUUGAAAACCCAUCAGCAGAGAAAAUGGGAAACUCACACAUCAGUGUCCACCUGGAAAACUCUGACUGUAUUAAGGCAAAAGUCAGUUCUGGUGACUCUAAGGACGUUGAAGUACAUCAUCAAGAAACAGGAAGUAAAAAUAAGAAAGAAAAAAGUGGAAAGGAAAGCAAGCAUCCUUUGACUGCUGAUGAUCAAGCUUUAAGUAGUAGCAAGUGUGGAGCGCUUGUUACCUGUGGCAGCCCAGGAAAUAAGGAGACAGAUACCACUUUGGAUCUAGAAGGCUUCAGAAAUCCUGUAGCUAAAGAGUAUGAUGAAUUUCCUACUUCCUAUGCCAAGGCUGAUGUUGAUGAAGAAAGCAUAGAAGGUACCAGUGAACUUGGAGAUGCUGUAAGCCACUUUACCCCUUCAAGACAGAGCCAGAUAUCAGGAAUCCUUCACUCUGAUGAGGAAGAGGAGGACGAGGAGGAGGAAGAAGAACCCCGGCUCUCCAUUUCCCGAAGGGAAGAUGAGGAUGACAUUGCUAAUGGAGAUGAAUUAGACAACACCUUCACUGGAUCAGGGGAUGAGGAUGCCCUGUCUGAAGAGGAUGUGGAAUUAGAUGGAUCUGCUAAGUAUGAAGACUUGAAAGAAUGUGGAAAACACCAUGUAGAUGGAAAUCUACUAGUGGAACUUAAUAAAAUCAGCCUUAAAGAAGAAAGUGUAUGUGAGGAAAAUUCAACUGUGGACCAGUCUGAUUUCUUCUAUGAAUUUAGUAAACUCACCUUCACCAAAGGCAAGUCUCCUACAGUAGUUUGCAGUUUAUGCAAACGAGAGGGUCAUCUAAAGAAGGACUGUCCUGAAGACUUCAAAAGAAUCCAGCUGGAACCUUUGCCACCAUUAACACCCAAAUUUUCAAAUAUCUUAGAUCAAGUUUGCAUUCAGUGUUAUAAGGAUUUUUCUCCAACUGUUCUAGAAGAUCAGGCUCGUGAACAUAUUCGGCAAAACCUAGAAAAUUUCAUAAAGCAGGAGUUUCCAGGAACUAAAUUGAGCUUGUUUGGCUCCUCCAAAAAUGGAUUUGGGUUCAAACAGAGCGACCUUGAUGUCUGCAUGACAAUUAACGGACUUGAAACUGCUGAGGGGUUGGACUGUGUAAGAACUAUUGAAGAAUUGGCAAGAGUCCUCAAAAAGCAUUCAGGACUGAGAAACAUCUUGCCUAUUACAACAGCAAAGGUGCCAAUUGUAAAGUUCUUCCAUUUGAGAAGCGGGCUGGAAGUGGACAUCAGUUUGUAUAACACAUUGGCCCUUCAUAACACAAGACUCUUAUCUGCUUAUGCAGCCAUUGAUCCCAGAGUGAAAUAUUUGUGCUAUACUAUGAAAGUAUUUACAAAGAUGUGCGAUAUUGGCGAUGCUUCUAGAGGCAGCUUAUCGUCAUACGCAUAUACGCUCAUGGUGCUAUAUUUUCUACAGCAGAGGACUCCACCAGUUAUUCCUGUCCUUCAAGAGAUAUACAAAGGUGAAAAGAAACCUGAAAUAUUUGUUGAUGGCUGGAAUAUUUAUUUUUUUGAUCAAAUAGAUGAACUGCCCAACUAUUGGCCAGAAUAUGGAAAAAAUACAGAAUCUGUUGGGCAGCUAUGGUUGGGACUUCUUCGUUUCUACACAGAGGAAUUUGAUUUUAAAGAACAUGUAAUUAGCAUCAGGAGAAAAAGUCUGCUUACAACUUUUAAGAAACAGUGGACAUCAAAAUACAUUGUUAUUGAAGAUCCAUUUGAUUUGAAUCAUAAUCUUGGAGCCGGAUUAUCAAGGAAAAUGACAAAUUUUAUAAUGAAAGCAUUUAUUAAUGGGAGAAGAGUAUUUGGGAUUCCAGUCAAAGGAUUUCCAAAGGACUACCCCUCAAAAAUGGAGUACUUUUUUGAUCCAGAUGUACUAACUGAAGGAGAGCUGGCCCCAAAUGAUAGAUGUUGCCGCAUUUGUGGGAAAAUUGGACACUUCAUGAAGGACUGUCCUAUGAGGAGAAAAGUGAGGCGACGGCGAGAUCAGGAAGAUACCCUGAACCAAAGAUACCCUGAGAACAAAGACAAAAGAAGCAAAGAAGAUAAAGAAAUUCAAAACAAGUACACGGAGAGAGAGGUAUCCACAAAAGAAGAUAAACCCAUGCAGUGCACACCUCAGAAAGCCAAGCCAGUGAGGGCAGCUGCUGAGCCAGGGAGAGAGAAAAUCCUCAGGCCGCCAGUGGAAAAGUGGAAGAGACCGGAGGACAAAGACUUAAGAGAAAAACGUUGUUUUAUUUGUGGAAGAGAAGGGCACAUUAAAAAGGAGUGCCCUCAGUUUAAAGGCUCUUCAGGUCUGUCUAAAUCAGAUUGUGUAUUUGGAUCCCCUUCUUCAUCUAACCCUUUGAGACCAGCUGGCACAUUUGUUCAGGCAGUGCUUUUACAUGAAGACCAAAAGAAACAAAAAACAUCUAUAUUUUUGAGUCCCCAGUCAGAUUGGAGAGCUGCCUGUGUUAGUUAUAAAGAAUGAAGAGGCUAAGCCGUUCCAUCAGGUGUCAGUUUCUGAGAGAGAGUGCCUCCAGAGCCUCGGCAGCCUCCCCAGGCCCCACGGCAGAUAAGAGCUCUUCCCUGCUGUCACCAGCCCAGGCUGCAAUAAGCCAGGGCACAGUGGUCUCACCCUGGGAAAGCUAAGGAAGCUCCAGGUGAAGGGCAUUUGGUUGUCUCUACUUUGAAUGUUAACAAGGAAAAUAAAUUGAAUUAUUAAAUUAUUUAGGUACUUCUGUUUCUGUUAGUACCAAGAUGAAUUAUCUCAAGUAUAUAAAAUGAUCUACUUAGAAAUAGGCAUUUAUUUUUAUAUGUGAAUAUUUUACAGUUUUGUUUAUUUAAUAUUGGGAAAAACAUUUGAUAUGGCAUCAAGUUUCUCUACAAUCAGACUGAGGUAGAAUAUCCCAAAGAGAAACAGAAAUCUUCAAAGAAUUGUCACCCUUACCCAAGAGGGGAACAUGGUAUCCAUGAAAGGUGAAGACAUAGGAGAUUCUGUAAGAACAGGCAAGAGCAGCUCUUUCCUGGGAAGGUUUUGUAAUUGUUCUCAUUGGAAUGCAUGGACUUAAAAAUAAGAAAAGUUCUACUGGGAAAACCCUCAAAAUGAAAUAGAGUGAAAUGAGAAUGAGGUCUGUUCUGAGAGGAUUUGAUUGACAGUGGGAGUAGCCAUGAAACAUGGAUGAGGAGAUUGACAAGCUGCUCUGGAAGCUGCUUCAGCAAAUGAAAGUGUUUUGGAGACAAACUCCACUGCAGUUUGUGGGGUUGUUUCCCAUAGAUCCUCUGAGAGUUUGAAGGUCACAUAGUUACCAGAUGUAAAGCCAAAAGACUUGCUUUUACAAGCUUCAGCCUUGAAUAGACAUUUCCAGAAUACUUUACUUAAGAAAAUACUGGUCCUUACUUAGUUGAGAUUUGUUUUGUCAAAGAUAAGAUGUUUAUGAAUAUCAGCUUUGCCGUCAGAUUGCACGGUGUGAUUUCUGGCUUUGUGAUCUUAUCCUCCCUUGCUUCAGUUUCCUCAUCUGUUAAAGGGGAUAAUAAUAAUACUUAUCUUGUAGGACUGUUGCAAAAUCUAUGUAAAAGCACUUAGAACAGUACCUGCAUGAUGUGAGAGCAGAGGUUGGUGGGCGCCAGUGGCGUUUGGUGUUCUGCAGGACAUCUGUCAGCAUUGCUUCUGCUAAAGAUUUUACGCAUCUUGAAAGUAAAAUGUUAAUAUAACUUCUUAAGUGGGGGAAAGGUACAGAUGUUAGACGUAUACCUAGAAAUGGCAAUACCAAUUGACAAUAGGUUAGGAUUUCAAUAAAUUAUCUUCUGAGUGAAAGAUUUACAUAUUUAUAAAUGUUUUGAGUAACCAUAAAAUUUAAGCUUACUACAGAAAAAAAAAGUUAUUGCAAUAAAUAAGGUUAGCUUUCUACCAGAAAAAAAAAAAUUAUAGGUGGUUAAAACUUAUCUUUUCUAAUAAACUCUUCAAGUUAAUGACAAUUGUUAAUACUGUCAAAUUUACCCAUGAAAAAUUUAUACAAGUUAUGUAUGUUGUUAUGUGAAAUGUCUCAACAUUAAGUAGGAUUAAGUUCCCAGAAAGCUCUUUCUUUUCACAGACUUUAUUUAUUUGUAAUGCAUGGGUGGUUUCCUAAGGAGAAGCUGCUAGUGUGUACAGCCCCUGUUCUUCCGCAAUAGCUGAAUUGACCUUAGAAGAAAGAGGUGAGCUCCUCUGAGCUCCAGGUGUCCCGUUUAUAAAAUUGGCAAAAGCACCAUCUGUCUCGUGCUGCUGUGCUAAAAGCAGCCACCCACAUCAGAUAAUCAACCAAGUUCUCUUUCCUCUCCUGAUACUUCCUCCAUUCCACUAAGCUACAUAUAGUUCCUGACUCUCAAAUGAGACAGCAGUAGAUAGAAAAUCCCACAAGUUUCCUUGCUCUUAUUUCCUCCCUCCGUCACAUACACACAGCUAACAGUGCCUUAGAUGUUCAGUAAGUUUUAUUGAUUAGAGGUGGACUCAUUUUGACAAAGUAAAGAAGAGUGGGAGAGUGAUCAAGAACAAGAGCUUUAAAGUCAGACUUACUCUAGUUUGACAUCCAGUCCAAUCAUUUACUAGCUCCAUUACCUCUGUCAAGUUAGUGGACCUCUCUGCCUCAGUUUCCUUGUCCAUAAAUUGGGGCUAAUAGCUCACAGGGCAACUAUAAGGAUUAGUUUCAUAUAUGUAAAGCCCUUAACACCGUAUCUGGCACACAUCACUCAAUAAAUUAUUAUUACUCUUACUGCUGUAGAUAACAGAAAGUCUCCAACUAUGCUCUGUCUAAC